CCCACGGCGCGCGGCUGCAGCAGGCGGGUCUGCGCUUCGGGUCGUCGGGAUCCAGGCUCAGAGGAGAUCCAGGCCACAGCAGGAGCGCGGCGGUGCUGAAGGUGGCAGACUCUGCAUCAUGGACGCUCUUUCUGAAGCAAAUGGCACAUUUGCACUCCGCCUUUUAAAGAUACUGUGUCAAGACAACCCUUCACACAAUGUGUUUUAUUCUCCUGUGAGCAUUUCCUCUGCCCUGGCCAUGGUCUUCCUGGGGGCAAAAGGAAACACCGCUGCCCAGAUGGCCCAGGUGCUUUCUUUAAACACAGAUAAAGACAUUCAUCAGGGAUUCCAGUCCCUUCUCGCUGAAGUAAACAAGCCCGGCGUUCAUUACUUGCUCCGAACAGCCAACAGGCUCUUUGGAGAAAAGACUUGUGAAUUCCUCUCAACCUUCAAGGAAUCCUGUCUUCAAUUCUACCAUGCUGAGCUGGAGCAGCUUUCCUUUGCCAAAGCUGCAGAGCAGUCCAGGAAACGUAUAAACACUUGGGUCUCAAAAAAGACUGAAGGUAAAAUUCGAGAGUUGUUGCCAGGUAACUCAGUUGAUGCGCAGACCAGGCUGGUUCUUGUCAACGCCAUCUACUUCAAAGGAAGGUGGAAUGAACAGUUCAACAAAACGUACACAAGGGAAAUGCCUUUUAAAAUAAACCAGAAGGAGCAAAGACCUGUGCAGAUGAUGUUUCAGGAAGCCACGUUUCAACUUGCCUACAUUGAGGAGGUGCAGGCCCAGCUCCUGGAGCUGCCCUACAUGGACGAGGAGCUGAGCAUGGUCAUUCUGCUCCCUGACGACAGUGUGGAUCUAAACUCGGUGGAAAAAAAUCUCACUUUUGAGAAAUUCAUAGCCUGGACCAAGCCAGACUGUAUGAAGAGCACUGAAGUUGAAGUUUUCCUUCCAAGAUUUAAACUUGAAGAGGAGUAUGACAUGGAAUCUGUGCUUCAGCAUUUGGGGAUACUUGAUGCCUUUCAACAGGGCAAGGCUGACUUUUCAGCAAUGUCAGCCGAGAGAGACCUGUGUCUGUCCAAGUUUGUGCACAAGAGUUUUGUGGAGGUGAAUGAGGAAGGCACGGAGGCCACGGCUGCUUCAGCCAUGGUGGUUGUGGAAUGUUGCAUGGAAUUUGGACCACGGUUCUGUGCUGACCAUCCCUUCCUUUUCUUCAUUAGGCACAACAAAGCCAACAGCAUUCUGUUCUGUGGCAGGUUUUCCUCUCCGUAAGGGAGUUCACUUACUAUGCAUGUGAGUAGUUCCCUCUUUUUGUGUCCCCAAAUCUCACUGUACAUCUCCAUGAGGAUGGGCCCAGUGCAAAGGUGAGGGCAGAUUCUUCAACCGUUUCCAUGAUUUGCCAGCACAAUUCCAUGCUUCUCUACACUCAGCUCUUGCCAUACUGAUCACUCAUUUGCGCUCCUUAGUCAGGAUCAUGGGAUAAUAGACUUAAUGAUUUCCUGUUGUAUUUAAGAUGCAGUCCAAAUCCCAUAGGAUGACAUGCAGAGUUUUCCUAUUUGGCCACAGACUUACCUCCCACUCAUUCCACAUGCAAUUCAUGGUAGUUACACUGUGCUCUGCCUUGUACCUCAAAUCUGGUCACACACUUGCCUUAACCUGAUCAUUUCAAUAGUAAUAAAUGCUGCUGGCUAUUCCUACUAUUUUAUAGUUUUCCUGGUGUUUGCACUUUUUAGGAAGUUUCUUUAAUGCACGUUUUUAUUUUAUCUUUGUUCAAUGUUCAUCGAUCACCAAGUAUGUACCAAACACUGCGUCAGGCAGUGGGGAUGCAAAGGGGCAGAGUCAUGGUCCUUUGACACCUAGUUUUUAAUACCCAUGCCAGAAUUACAUAGUUUUUAUGACAACCACGUUGCACUAGGUAAUAUCCUUAAGCUUACCACGUGAUUCUUUUGUAGGGAUCACACCUUUCUUCAUGUUGUUGUGUUUCUCCACUUCUAACUCUAACAGUAGAAAUUCCAUUUAACCCUUACAGCUCAUUUCCAGUGUCAUCUUCUCUGAGAAGUUUUUCCUUUUCUGCAUAGGCAGACAUGCAUCUUUGCACUCUUAUUGCCAAGAGAGGGCAUUUCUCUCGCAGCAGCUGCUUUAUUUAUUUACCAUCUGUGUUCUCCAACUAGACUGUAAAUUCAUCAGAGGUUGGGACUAUAUUUUACAUAUUUGCAUGCCACUGAUUAGUGCAUUGAUAAGUAAUUUCAUAAUUGAUCAUAAAUGAGCUCAGUAACUUUUAAAAAGAUGAUUAGAUAUCAGUGACUUUAUUUUUUUUUAGAAGUUUUUAUUGAGGUGAAAUUCACACAACCAUUUUAAAAUGAACAAUGCAGUGGCCUUUAGUACAUUAACAGUGUUGUGCAACACUACCUUUAUCUAGUUCCAAAAAAUGUUCAUCACCCCAAAGGAAUACUCCAUACAUAUUAAGCAGUUACUCCCCAUUCCCUGCUCUCUCCUACCCCUGGCAAAUGCCAAUCUGCUUUCUAUCUCUAUGGAUUUACUUAUUCUGAAUAUUUCAUAUAAAUUGAUUUAUAUAAUAUAUGACCUUUUGUGUCUGUCUUCUUUCACUUAGCAUAAUGUGUUCAAGGUUCAUUCAUGUUGUACUAUGUAUCAGUACUUCAUCAUUAUUUAUGACUGAAUAAUAUUCCACUGUACAGAUAUAGCACAAUUUGUUUAUCCGCUCAUCCAUUGAUGGACAUUUGGUUUGUUUCCACCUUUUACCUAUUUGUGAAUAAUGCUGUUAUGAACAUGCAUGUAUAUGUAUUUGUUUGAAUACCUGUUUUCCGUUCUUUUGGGUAUAUAUCUAAGAGAGAAUUGCUAGGUCAUAUGGUAAUUCUAUGUUUAACUUUUUUUUUCCCCCUGAGGAAGAUUUGCCCUGUGCCAACAUCUGUGCCAGUCUUCCUCUAUUUUGUACGUGGGUUGCUGCCAGAACAAGGUCGCAGACGAGUGGUGUAGGUCCAAGCCCGGGAAGGGAACUGGGGCCACUGAAACAGAAUGCACUGAACUUAACCACUAGGCCAUGGGGCCGGCCCCUGUGUUUAGCUUUUUGAGGAACCACCAAACUGCUUUCCACAGUGGCUGACCCAUUAUACAUUUCCACUGGCAAUGUAUGAGGGUUCCAAUUUCUCCACCUCCUUGUCCGCACUUGUUGUUUUCCUUUUUUCCUUGAAAUUCUGGCCAUCCUAGUGGGUUGGAAGUGAUAUCUCAUUGUGUUUUUCAUUUGCAUUUCCCUAAUGACUGAUAAUGUGCAUCUUUCAUGUGCUCACUGGCCAUUUGUAUAUCUUUGGAGAAAAGUCUAUUGAAGUUCUUUGUCCAAUUUUUCA